GUUACUUGGUAAAGCCGCGGCUAUCACAUCCUUGAGUAUUGUCAACCGACACCUCCUACAGUCGUCAAUAAACUUCGGUACGUCCUCGACUGGGCUGGCCAUCAUGUGUGCUUUCAUCGUUCGCAUCUGUGUGGCCUACGCACUCCUCGCUGUGGCCUUCGCCGAGAUACCAUCAUACAUAAAAGUAUGUAAUCGGAAGGAUCCAGAUAUAAAUAACUGUGUACUAAAUUCAAUUGAUCAACUGCGAGGCAAAUUGAAAACUGGAAUUCCGGAAUUAGAGGUUCCAGCAAUUGAGCCGCUUGUAUUGAAGCACGUGCGAUUAUUGAGAGGUCCUCAAGCUGCAAGGCUUGAUGUUAACCUUACAAACAUACACAUAUUUGGACCGUCUACGUUUAAAAUCCGAGAUUUCAAAAUCGACCCGGAAAAUGUGUUUAUCACUUUCAAAGUCGGCUUUCAAAAGCUCGACUUCCGGGGAAAAUAUAAAAUAAACGCACACAUUCUUUUACUCAAUCUGAUUGGAGAGGGAGGCCUCACUGGAUCUUUUCUUGGGUAUGAUUGCGACUGUUUAUUAAAGUCUCACAAAGUCGUUAGAAAUAACAACACAUAUGUACACUUUGAAAAGAUGAAAUUUGACAUCAAGAUAAGCAAGACUCUGCUCAACCUUGACAAUCUAUUUGGCGGCGAUCCUAUUCUCGGACCAGCGAGUAACGAGGUUUUGAACGCGAACAGCAAUUUCUUAUUAGACGAGAUAAAACCGGUAUUGGAAGAAUCCUUGUCAGAUCUCUUCACGAGGAUUGCAAAUAAGAUCACCGACAGGUUCACAUACGAUGAUUUGUUCCCGAAUAAUUAAUUUUUAUUCUGGGAAUUUAUAUUAUACAUUAUUUAUAGUUCGAUAGAUUAAUACGAUUCUUCUGUUUUUGAAAUCGCGAAACUUCCAACCUCAUUCGAUAAGAAUUUUGAUGGAAUUGUCGUAUUUUUGUAUAGUUCUUUUUCUUUAAGCGAUAUUGCAUAUCUCAUAGCACAUAGAUAUGUAACUAAUAUAAUGUACAAACACAUAUUGCAUUUAAUCUUUGAUGUUAACACGUCGAUUGCAGUGCUGAAAUUAUGACAAGAAAACUUUUGCUGAUCUAUCUAUUAGAAAAAUCAUGCACUAACAUCUUCUCAACACAGUCGAUGAUGAUUAGGAAAACUGCACACAUAAUUUAUAAUCCACAAUUUUUACAAAAAAAUUAUUCAUAAUCCACAUUUCUAAAAAGAUAUUUUAGAUAUUUAAUUUUUAAUUUGUUAAUUCAAUGUUGAAAAUAAAUAACUUAAAAUAAUUAAACUUUUUUAUUAGGUAUAGAUUGCAUUGCAUUAAAAGCGUUGUGAUUAUGUUAUAUAAUAUUUUGUUAGUAUUUAAUAUAGAAAAAGUGUCGAGAUCUCCAAAGAUUUCGGAAACAAAGUUUUAUCAACAGAAUGUUUUAUAAAAUAAAAUUUCACAGUUUUAGGAGAAAUGUAAAUACUUUAUAACUUUUAUAAUAUACAUUUCUUAUAAGACAUUAAUAUUUUUUCAUAUUUUUACACAUACUUACAAAU